GGGCUCGCACUGCAGCAUGGCUCGGCUUCUUCUGCACACCCUGCUCUGGGGCUGCUGGCUGACUACCGUCCACGCAGAGCCAUGCAACCAAGGACAGUACCAGGUGAAUGGUCGGUGCUGUGAUUUGUGCCAGCCAGGAACGAUCCUGAUGAGUGACUGCGCCGAGGGCAUCAGCACAGACUGCCCUACAAGCAAUUCUGACACCAUCUGCAAAUCCUGCCCGGACGGUUUCUUCUCCAACAUGUCAUCUGCUUAUGACAAGUGUCACCCUUGGACAAGCUGCAGGACCCAAGACCUGGCCGAAGUGAAGGCGGGGACUACCAUGAGCGAUGCUCUCUGUGGUCCUUGGCCUCGCUCAAGAGUCCUGCUGGCCAUCCCCAGCACCCUGGGAGCCCUGUUGGCCCUCCUCCUGGUGGCUGUCAUAAUCAAGAAGGCACUGCAGAAGUCCAAGAAGAAGGCUGCCCUGCCCGAGGACAAAGGCAAGGAGCCGGUGGAGGUGAUCUUCUUGGAGGAUGUUCCGGGUACCAACCCGGUUGCUCCAGUGCAGGAGACCCUACAUGGGUGCCAGCCUGUCACACAGGAAGACGGCAAAGAGAGUCGCGUCUCCGUGCAGGAGCGGUUGUGAGCCUGUGUGUGCCCGGAGAGACCACCACCGUGGGCACCUGGCUGCAGAGCCCUGAGCUGCGUCCACCGUGGGGGUGGAGGGGGGCGGGUGAGGUGUCGCCCCCUCUGUCUGCGCCCUGAGGGUCCCGUCCAAGGCCGCACAUCACUCCAGGGCUCCUCUCGCCAACCUGCAGCCGCCGCAGGUCUCCCAACCGGCUUUCGAAGAAGAAGGCACAACUCAGAGGCACAAACCCUCCAGCGAUGCAGCACGGUGGGGUCCUUGUGCCCAGGGAGGCAGCCACCCACUGGACCAUCGACAUGCUGGCUGUGAUCAGGAGCCACUUCCCUGCCCAAUGGGGGUGGGGUGGGGGCUGGCGAGAUAAAACGACAAUGUGGACAACAGGAUCGCAAAGACACUAUCCAAAGGGGAGGGGAGGAGAGGGCGGUGGGGCGUGGAGUAACAUUGCAGAAUGAUGGGUUGAAAACAUUGCUUUUUAAAACGUACGGCAUAGCAGCCUGGUGCAUUGUCUAGGGUGUGUGUGGACACAAUGUACCUUAUCUUUGUAUGCCUGAGCAGGCUUUACCAGGAGACAGACAUUCCUGACUGCUAGUGUGGUCAGGUCUGGGGCGGGGGAAGGAGUUUGGGGAAGGAAGGGUUGGUUAAUGACUCUUGGGUUUCCCAUCAUGCUUCAUGAUGAUUUUUUUCCUCCAAAAGGAGCGUGAGUUCACAUAUUGCUUAUGUAAUUAAAGACAAAACAGAACAACAAACCA